AUGAGCUACACCAACCUUCCCUACCUCCCCUUGGAAGUCUGGUUAUCCAUUGGGUCACACCUACAAAACUCUGACAUAAAGUCUCUUCGCCUGACAUGUAGCCAAUUCAAAAAUGCAGCAAUUCUCCGCUUCGAUCGGGUCUUCCUGUCUGCCAAUCCACUGAAUAUAGAAGUUUUUCGUGCCGUUGCAUCCCACAACGAAUUCCGCCACAGAGUGACUGAGAUCGUCUGGGAUGAUGCACUCUUGCACAGAGGCCAACAGCGGACAGAGUGGAUGGGUUGUGGUGAUGAAUUGCUUUCGGACGAGGAUGAGCCCGGCGAUACGAAAGAGUGGGCCGACAAAUAUGGUGACGACUUUGAUCGCGAAUUGAAUAUUAAGAACAAUGAACGAUUGAAGGAGGGAGGCCCACCAAGAUGGUUUGUGGCGGCCUGUGACAAAAAUCGCAGUAUUCUGCGGCGACGGAGGGGCAGCGACGCGGAGAGGCCCGAUCAUGUUGCUCGGGAUGAACAGCUCCUUGCCGAGCCUCCGCUGGAAGAGCUCUGGGAGUAUUAUCAGCACUUACUGCGUCAGCAGAAAGGUGUCCUUGCUGAUGAAAGUGACCUCCACGCAUUCUCGUUUGGCGUUAGGCAGUUUCCUGCUUUGAGAAGAGUCACUAUCACACCUUCGGCUCACGGUCAUCUUCAUUCUCCGCUAUACCCGACCCCUAUGUUCCGCGCUUUCCCUAAGGGAUUCAAUUAUCCCGUGCCGCGAGGGUGGCUCUAUCCUGCGUCUUCUUAUGGCGUACCUGCUCUUUCAUAUCCGUGGAAUGAGUUUCCUGACCUCAAGGAAAGAUAUCGCGGGUUCCGUACCGUCAUGCGUGUGCUCGCCAACGAGCCGAACCAUGUUUCUGAGUUGAUAAUGACUUCUAACCAAAUCCCUACUGGUAUUAAUUGUACAAUCUUCAAAGAGCCCUGCGAAGAAGCCCGGGCUUCCGCCGACUGGACAUUGCCCUACUUGUCGGGGGGGGAUGAUCCGCUAGAACUGGAACCAUGCUGGGAAUCUUUCCUAAAUGGACGAUUACGCCGCGCACUUAGCGAAGCUAAAGGAAUGGAGGAUUUCAGGCUGCAUACCACAAUGAAGGCAGAUCCUUGGGGUGACACGACAGCCGCUAACGGCUUGGGAAACGGCCCAAUCGAUCGACUAAUUCCCUUACGCAGGGUCAUACCUGUGGAGAAUUGGCCCCGUCUACGCCACCUUGAAAUAUCUCGCUUCCUAGUUACGCAGUCUGAUACGAUCUCUUUCCUCACUGCCUUGCCGAAAUCCGUUCGCUCGAUCAAGCUCAGCAUGCUCAUGUUUCUUGAUGACAGUGGCGACUUGUCUGAUCUGAUGAAGGAGAUGCGCAAAAUGAUAUGUGAGAACACGCUUUGGGGUGACCGAGGUCUGGCUGCAAAGCCAAAGGUUACAGUUGGAUUGCCGAUGGCAGGGAAUCGCGAAUUUGGACGGGCUCAUUGGAUAGAAAAGGAGGUUCAGGAUUUCAUUUAUGGCAAUGGGAAGAUUCCUUUUCUCAAAGAUUUGCGUAGUGAAACUCCGCUUGGGUGUGGAUUUUUCAGGGAUUCGUUUGAACCUGAGUGGGAUCGUCCGUAUGACCGCAUUAUAGAAUGGAGAGAUUAG